AUGGCGGCGAAGGGGGCCGCGGCGGCGAUGGGGUAUGCGGAGCUCGCGGCGCGGACGAUGGAGCUGCCCUCAGAGGGCGACCGGCGUCUGGCCCAGUUCCUGCGGCAGGUGGACGAGACCGAUAUGGUGUGGCUGGAUGAGAUCUACGAGGAGGCGGUCAAGAUGUUUGUUAGCAACUACAGCGAGGAGCUCGAGUUGAUGCCCAAGACGCCGUCGCAGAAGAAACGGCAGCGGAGGAAGCGGUUGUCGGCCUUGCAGGAAGAGCAGGAGCCCAGCAGGAAGCGCCUCUCCAGGAGGAGGAAUGGCAGCAGCAGACCUUCUGUGCGAUCUUCUCAGCGACUCAAGAACAAAGAAAACCUGGAACUCAGCAGGGCUGAGGCCAAGGAAGACUCUCCACCACAGCGUGUGACACGGUCCCGGGCUGCAGCCUCUGCCAUAAGCUCCAAGGUGGUUCCUGAGACCCCUACUGCCCUGCAGGCAGCAGGGAAGGAUCGCUGGGUGGAAGCUGACCAUGUUGGUACUGCAGUGCCUCUCCAGAGGAGCGGGGCAAAGCCGGCAGAGCUGCUCCCCACAAGCUCAGGGAAUGGCUCUCCCGAGGAACAUGGUGCUCCCAAAUCACCACUGGUGCCCACAGCCCCUGAGCUGGUAGUGCCCUGUACUCCCGAGCCACAGCCAGCCAGGGCAGCCAAUGUCACCGUCAUCCUGAGCCCAGGGGCUGGACUGAAGGAGGGGGAUGGCUCCCCACAGGAACACAGCCGGGCUCAGGAGUCCUCCCAGCCCUUGAGGAGCAGCCCGGGGACUCCGACUGGCUCCAGGCUCAGCCGCCGCUCCGUGCGCCGGAGCCUGAUGGGGAAACCCUCCCUGAGCCGCAGAACCUCCCUGGCAGAGAAAUACUCCCUGGCCAGCAAGAGGGAGAGCAUGAUCCGGGCAUCCACCGCCAGGGCAGCGGGCAAGAAGAGGGCGACUCAGAAGAGAUCCGUGUCCUCCAGCUCUGUGGAUGCCUCCAGCUCCAUAAGCGUGCCAGAGGGUGAGGAAACCGUUGUCAGAACUGGGCCUCCUCCUGGACCCUCCACCCCCUCCAAGCUGGAAUCCCAAAACCCUCGGAUGUCCCUUCGCUCCCACACAGUCAGCAAACACGGGCAGCCCCAGGAGCAGAACAGCAAUGAAAACAACUUAAAUAAGAAUGGGGGGACCCUGGAGCCACCCCAGAGUGCCAGGAGGAAGCCGAGCUACAAGAGAGCCGUGGAUGAGCGCUACGACCACCAGCAGGCAGAGGAGGGAGGGCUGUCUCCUUUCAGGAAGAAGACCCCAUCCCCAGUCCUCCCAGCCAGCAAGGUGGUGCGCCCAUUCAAAACAUUCCUGCACACUGUGCAGAAGAACCAGCUCCUCAUGACACCGAGCUCUGUGGGGAGGAACGGAGUCAUAAAAUCCUUCAUCAGGUACAACACCCCUCUCCAGGCUGAUCCCAAGGAGAAAGAGAGGCAGAAGCUGGAGACUCUGCGGAAGAAGCAAGAAGCUGAGCUGCUGAGAAGGCAAAAGGUGGAGGAGGAGAGGAAACGGCGACUCGGAGAGGCGAAGCUGAAGCGUGAGGAACGCCUGCGCAAGGUGCUGCAAGCCCGGGAGCGGGCGGAGGAGAUGGAGAAGGAGAGGAAGAAGAGGAUCGAGCAGAAGAUUGCGCUGUUUGAUGAGAAGACCGAGAAGGUGAGGGAAGAAAGGCUGGCAGAGGAGAAGAUCAAAAAGAGAGUGGCUGCCAGGAAAAUGGAGGAAGCUGAGGCCCGGCGCAGACAAGAGGAGGAGGCCAGGAGACAAAGAGCUCUGCAGCAGGUUUGUGAGGAAGAACGGCGGCGCAGGGAGCUGUUGCAGAGGAAGAGGGAAGAGGAGCAGGAGCGUGCCCGGAGGAUCGCUGAGCAGAGGCAGGCGGAACAGGAGCGGGAGAGACAGCUGGCUGCAGAGAGAGAACUGGAGAGGAAGAGGGAGCAGGAGCGGAUCCAGGCAGAAAAGCUCCGGGAGCAGCAGGAGAGGGCUGCCCGCCUGCAGAAGGAAGAAGCGGCUGCUAAGGAGCGGCUCCGGAUGGAGAUGGAGAAGAAGGAGAGGGAGCAGAAGAUGCUGGCUGAGAAGAAGAGGCAGGAGGAAGAGCAGAAGAAAUUGUCAGAGGAGCAAAAGGCCAAAGACAAUGCCCGGGCACCACUCCAGGAGAACAAGGAGAACUCCCCUGCCUGCAACUCGUACGAGAUGACUCCUCAGAGCAGGAAGGAACUCAAGGUGCCUUUGACAAGCUCCAAUGACUAUGGGAUGGACCUGAACAGCGACGACUCGACAGAUGACGAGAGCCAGCCACGCAAGCCUGUGCCUGCCUGGGCCACUGGGAAUCUGCUCAGCCAGGCUGUGAUCCGGCAGUACUACAACCCCCCUGACGUGGACGCGCUGUUCGGGGCCAUCCCCAGCCCCAAGCUGGAGGACAUCUUCUACAAGAACAAGCCCCGCUACUUCAAGCGCACCAGCUCGGCCGUGUGGCACUCCCCGCCCUCCGUGGUGGCCAAGCCAGCCCUGGGGUUGCCCUGUGGCCUCAAGAAGCCCUGAG